GAACAGUUGUUUCGGUCUAUAGACAACAGUUCGAAGUUUUUCCAUAGACGGACCUGUUCCGUUUGACUGUUCCGAUAAAUACGCCUCACCCCUAAACUAAUAUUCUAAUACUGAAUAAAUUGAUAGAGUUUUAUCCACUGAAGUAGGAAACCUAGGUCUAUGGUUUUAACUUACCAAAACAUUGAAAGGUCGAAUUAUAAUCAGUUUACUGAAUUUACAAGCUAUCAAAAUCGUGUCUACCGUGCUUUGUAUUACGAAUUACGAGAAAAUAUUAUCAACGGAAUGUAAUGAUUAAAAUUGGUUAGUUUGAUAUUAAAACAAUUUUCUUAUUUGUUCAGAAUACGUUUUAAUCACGAAAACACCUGCAACGCCGCAGUAGUUUAGUGCAGCAUGGCCAGUGAUAAUAACAUGGCAGGUGCAAGCAAAACUGCCUUACCACCAGGCAGUGAUGAUGGCAACAGUGUUUUUUCUAUGAUGUACACAUUUCUCAAAAAGGUGUCGAUUGUAGGAGCUGUGUACUUAGUAGGUUAUAUGCAAUGGAGCGUUGCGUGGCUUAUUGGGCCCGUUAUAUUGUCGGUGAUGCGCGAUCAAUGGCGCAAGGAGAACGAAUACAAACGCAACAUCGCAAAGGUCGCUGCACUGUCUUCUGAAAAAGAUGUGAUACUAGCGAGACUUGACGACUUGCCUUCAUGGGUAUUCUUCCCGGACGUCGAACGAGCCGAAUGGUUGAACAGGAUACUCCUACAAGUCUGGCCGAAUGUGAACAGCUACGCAAAGACUUUAUUGAAAGACUUGAUCGAACCGGCUGUCGCGGAGAGCCUGGCCAAUUACAAACUCAGCGGAUUUAAAUUUGAACGUAUGAUUCUCGGUACCAUUGCGCCGCGGGUUGGUGGCGUCAAGGUUUAUGAUAAGAAUCUCUCGAGGAAUGAAAUCAUCAUGGACAUAGACUUAUUCUACGCCGGCGAUUGCGACAUCUCAUUCGUACUUCAACGCAUUCGCGGAGGAAUCAAAGAUCUCCAAAUUCACGGCAUGGUACGUGUUGUAAUGAAACCUCUGAUCUCUAAAAUACCGUUAGUCGGAGGACUACAGAUCUUCUUUUUGAACAACCCCUCAAUCGACUUCAAUCUCGUUGGCGCAGCUGACAUACUAGAUAUGCCAGGCUUUAGUGAUAUACUUCGUCGAUGCAUCGUGGAGCAAGUGUCCAAAAUGAUGGUGCUGCCUAACAAGCUUUCGAUCAAACUAAGCGAUGAGAUUCCAACGGUUGAUCUGCGCAUGCCUGAGCCGGAGGGUGUACUUCGCAUACAUUUGGUUCAAGCUCAGAAUCUCAUGAAGAAAGAUGUUUCUAUGCUAGGAAAAGGCAAGUCAGAUCCGUAUGCAGUUAUAACUGUGGGCGCCCAGCAAUGGAAAACGAAGCACAUUGAUAACAACGUGAACCCGCGAUGGGACUUCUGGUGUGAGGCGAUAAUAAGUUCAAAGAAGAGUCAAUCGCUGCAGUGCGAGCUGUGGGACUGGGACCCUGGGAUGGGCAUUCAGAACGAUGAUUACCUCGGCAGGUGUUCAUUGGACAUAUCUCAAGUAGUUCGAUUUGGCCGCUUGGACACUUGGCAGACCUUGCAACAAGCGAAGCACGGUAAAGUCCAACUGAGAUUAUCUUGGCAUCGUUUAUCCACGGAUGUAACUGAGUUAAGUCGAGCACUGACGGAAACUCUCCUUAUCAAGACGGGAGAUUUGAGCUCAGCAGUACUCUCUGUUUACAUAGACUCGUGUAAGAAGCUACCGAACGCCCGUGUGCAAUCCCGUCCGGACCCUUACCUGAUGGUGACGGUUGGCAAAAAAACCGAAAACACCGCCGUGCAACUGCGAACCGAUGAUCCCGUGUAUGAGAUCGGAUAUUCUUUCCUCGUCCAGAACCCUGAAAUCGACACGCUUGACGUCAAAGUUCUCGACCAGAAAACUGGAAGCCAACUCGGUCAAUUGUUCUAUAGCAUCUCCGCUUUGCUUAAAGAAAAAGAUCUGACGAUGCUGACUCAGCCGCUGAUGUUGCAGAAAUCUGGGCCCGAGUCCAAAAUCAUACUGUCCUUACAAUUGAGGAUUCUCAAAGAAGCCAUAAAAGAGGUCGAUAUUGACGAAGAGAGUUUGGAAGCGGCGGUCGCGGAGCCGAGCCCCCCCACCCCGAGCCCCUCCGUGUCGUCGGCGGCCACCGACACCACGGACGGCGGCGCCUCGCACCCGCGCCCGCAGUCCGCCGCGCCCGCCGACUCGCUGCCUGCACAACCUGCUUCAUCAGGUGAUACUGAAUUAAAGAAUAUUGAAGAUUCUGUACAAGACGACGCCUCGCAGAGAUCCGUGCCAGAGGAAAUAAUUGAUAAAGAAGUCGAUUCUCCUCAAGAGAACCAACCUCCAUCUGGACGCGACUCUCCAAAACUCAUCCACAGGACUUCGUCAUUAACUACUUCCGCUGGGGAAGCCGGUCUGGGCCGCAUAUUACUCUCUCUGCGCUAUAGUAUGCAGAAUCAAACAUUAUAUAUUGUUGUUCACAAGAUAAUGAAUAUCCCGCUGAAAGAUCCUACAAAUGUGCCCGAUCCGUACGUUAAAUUGUAUCUACUGCCGGGUAGAACUAAAGAUUCAAAACGCAAGACAGUGGUGGUAAAAGACAGCUGUAUGCCGGAAUAUGACGAACAAUUCGAAUGGGUGAUUCCAUUAGCUGAGCUUCACUCCAGGCAAGUCGAAGUCACUGUUGCCACCCACAAGGGAUUCCUGGCUGGCAGUCCGGUCAUUGGACAGGUUGUAGUCCAUCUAAAUCAGUACGAUUUCCGUGAAGCUAAAACCCUGUGGUUCGAUCUUAUGCCUGAAACAUCCCCUAGAGAUUAAGAGAUGCAAUUUCGAAGUUUGAUGUACUUAUGAAUCUAUUAAAUAUUAAUAACACUACACGAAUAUAAUCUAAUAAGUACUAUUGUAACUUCAACUCGGAUCUGACGUGCAAAUCAAUUUCUAUAUAUUGAUCUGAAUAUGUUAUAAGUUUAAUGGCUUUAAACGAUUCACUCAUAAAACUCUCAAACACUAAUAAAAUAACGAAAAUUGGGUCAUUAUGCCAUGUAAAAAAAAAUUGUGGGCUUAUGGCCCAAUCGUAAGUUUAAAAUAAUAAUUAUAAAACAUGCUUUGCCAUAUCUAACUAGCCUGCAAGCUUAUAAAGCUUUUUAAAAAUUCAAGUAAUGGAAGCAUAAUGAUUACAAUCACGUAAUAUUAUGAUAAUUGUCACAACCAACCCAGAAUCCAUUUACUGUUUGUUAAAAGUGAAAAAAAAAUUAAAUUUAAUAAAACCACAAAAAUAACUAAUUAUGAUAAAUUUUAUGUGUUUCGGAAUUCAAACUUCAUAUUAUGAAUUUGUAGAAUUUUAUUGUCUGUGUUACUAUUACGUAUUUUGUCAUUGUUAAAGCAUUAAAAUGUUUAAGAUUUGUUAAAAAUUCAGUAAAUGUGGUAAGUGCACUUUUUUAUUUAAUCAACAUAAAAGUAAAAUAAGCAAGAAAUCUGAUGAAAAUACUAGUUGUAUGAGCAUUAUUUCUUAUGCAUUUAUUUUUUGCUAUAUACUUUAUACGCUUUAAAUGUUUACUUUAAUAAAGGUAUCUGUUAAAAAAAA